GCAAGAAGAGAAAAAAGUUUAUCACUGGUUAAAGUCAUCGCCGCUCUGUCCCAGUAUCAUCAGAUCGUUAAAAAAAACUUCACCCUCUCUUCCUCUUCUUCCUUGAUUCUCUCUCAACUGUGAUCCUCCUCCGUUCGAUCGGUAGAGGAGAGCUGGAUGGGAUGGCCUCAAAGCCUUGGCUAUGUCCGGCUCCCUCUUACAGUAGUUUAGAGGCGUUCUGGGACACAGAUGAAGACGCCCCUGGCCCACGCUGCGCCCACACCUUCACCGCUGUCGCAGCCACCAAAACACACGGCCCUCGCCUCAUCCUUUUUGGCGGCGCUACCGCUAUUGAAGGCAGCAAUGGUGGUCCAGGAAUCCGUCUUGCUGGUGUUACCAACUCUAUUCAUUCUUAUGACGUCCUCACCAGAAAAUGGACCAGACUGCGACCAGCUGGAGAUCCCCCUUCACCAAGGGCUGCACAUGCUGCUGCAGCAGUAGGAACUAUGGUUGUAUUUCAGUGUGGCAUAGGACCUGCUGGCCAUUCAACAGAUGAUCUAUAUGUUCUUGACUUGACCAAUGACAAAUUGAAAUGGCACCGAGUUGUAGUUCAAGGACAGGGUCCUGGCCCACGAUACGGCCAUGUUAUGGAUUUGGUCGCUCAAAGAUAUCUUGUUACCUUUGGUGGAAAUGAUGGUAAAAGAGUUCUGUCAGAUGCCUGGGCUUUGGAUACUGCUCAGAAACCAUAUGCAUGGCAAAGGUUAAAUCCAGAUGGGGAUAGACCCUCUGGUAGAAUGUAUGCAACUGCUAGUGCACGUUCAGAUGGAAUGUUUUUGCUCUGUGGUGGGAGAGAUGCUUCAGGCACACCCAUGCCUGAUGCUUAUGGACUACUUAUGCAUAGAAAUGGCCAGUGGGAAUGGACUCUCGCUCCUGGGGUUGCACCUUCACCAAGGUACCAACAUGCUUCGGUUUUUGUUGGUGCAAGAUUACAUGUUACUGGGGGUGUACUUAGGGGUGGUCGCGCUGUAGAAGGUGAAGGAGCUAUAGCAGUUCUGGAUACUGCUGCGGGAGUUUGGUUAGAUAGAAACGGACUCGUGACUUCUUCGCGUAAUACCAAGGGACAAACAGAACAUGAUCCUUCAUUGGAGCUUCUACGUCGCUGUCGUCAUGCAGUUGCAGCUGUUGGUGUUCGGAUAUAUAUUUAUGGUGGCCUUAGAGGAGAUACACUAUUGGAUGAUUUACUGGUUGCAGAAAAUUCUCCAUUGCAGCCAUCAGAACCAAAUUCCCCAUCCUUAACAUCUGAGAGAGUCCCAGCAUUGGGGUCUCCUAGCACGGACAGAAGUUCAUUGGAAAAACUAGCUGAGGCUUCUGCCGCUGAAGCUGAGGCUGCUAAUGCUGUCUGGCAAGCAGCACAGGCUGCAUCAUCUGCUCCUGAAGGAACAGCUGUAUCUGAUGACAAUUCCCGACCUACAGAAACCACAUCAGAGGGUAGUGACAAUGAAGUGGAUGUCCGCCUUCACCCCAGAGCUGUUGUAGUUGCAAAAGAAGCUGUGGGUAAUCUGGGAGGAAUGAUAAGACAAUUAUCCUUGGAUCAAUUUGAAAAUGAAAGUAGGCGAAUGCUUCCAUCUCAAAAUGAUCAAACAAAUCCAACAAAAAAAAUUACAAGGCAGAAAUCUCCCCAGGGAUUGCAUAAGAAGAUCAUAUCUACUUUGCUCAUCCCUAGAAACUGGAAAGCUCCGGUCAACCGAAAGUUCUUUCUGGAUUCCUAUGAAGUGGGCGAGCUCUGUUAUGCUGCUGAGCAGAUCUUCAUGCAUGAGCCCACUGUUCUACAACUUAAAGCUCCUAUUAAAGUAUUCGGUGAUCUCCAUGGACAGUUUGGUGAUCUGAUGAGAUUGUUUGAUGAGUAUGGGUUUCCAUCCACUGCAGGAGACAUAACGUACAUUGAUUAUUUAUUUCUAGGUGAUUAUGUUGAUCGAGGGCAGCACAGCUUGGAGACCAUCACUUUGCUUCUAGCAUUAAAAAUUGAAUAUCCCGAGAAUGUUCAUUUAAUACGUGGAAAUCAUGAGGCUGCAGACAUCAAUGCACUUUUUGGUUUUCGUAUCGAAUGCAUUGAAAGGAUGGGAGAGAGUGAUGGAAUCUGGGCAUGGACAUGUUUUAACCAACUGUUUAACCACCUCCCACUUGCUGCACUUAUUGAAAAGAAAAUCAUCUGUAUGCAUGGUGGUAUAGGGAGGUCAAUAAAUUCAGUUGAACAAAUUGAGAAAAUAGAAAGGCCAAUUACAAUGGAUGCUGGCUCCAUAGUGCUAAUGGAUUUACUAUGGUCUGAUCCCACAGAAAAUGAUAGUGUAGAAGGAUUGAGACCAAAUGCAAGAGGGCCUGGUCUUGUGACCUUUGGGCCUGAUCGUGUUACAGAUUUUUGUAAGAAGAACAAAUUGCAACUAAUAAUAAGAGCACAUGAAUGUGUUAUGGAUGGAUUUGAACGUUUUGCCCAGGGGCAGUUGAUCACUCUAUUUUCUGCUACUAACUAUUGUGGAACGGCCAAUAAUGCCGGUGCUAUACUGGUAGUCGGAAGAGGGCUGGUUAUAGUUCCUAAAUUGAUUCAUCCGUUGCCUCCACCUCUUCUUUCCCCAGAUGCAUCUCCAGAACGAGUGACCGAUGAUGCGUGGAUGCAGGAACUAAACAUUCAGAGACCGCCUACUCCCACUCGUGGUCGCCCACAGCCAGACCUAGACCGGAACUCGCUUGCUUAUAUAUGAACGGGCAUUUUAAUGAACACAAGUUGCAAUGUUCCGAAUGAAAUCCUUGCAGUUUCCAAGGGAAGUGAUGAAAUUGGCCAUAGAUUACAAUUCGGGGAUUUUGAGCAUCACAGUUACCAAUUGAGCAGGCAUGCACGAUUUCUCCCUUGUGUGUAACAUAGCUGGUGAGAUGCAGAAGAUGGCUGCUGAGAGUGCGCAGACGAUUCUGAUUAGUUGGGAAGGUUGUAACAUUAAGGUGUGUGUAUUGUGAAUUGUAAUAUGGAAAUAGCUUUUAGUUUUUCAAACUGCUUUGUAUUUUUUAAUGAUAGCAUUAUAUGCACAGUGAUGAUUAGCUCCAUUGAUUUUAGUCUGGUAAUCUUAUGUUCCAUUGCUCCCAAAGCUGAAGUUUCAAAGAUUCUAGAGUUGAUAACUAAUACUAGUGUUAGAACAUAGAAGUGAUUAGAGUCCGUUGAGAAGAUAUUUGUAGUUUAAUUUUGGAUGUAAAAGUGAAGAAAUUAAAUGUAACUUG